AUGUCAUUCUCAAAUCUCGUCUCAGACAUCGCGUUUCGCGAUGCCAAUCCCGACGACCGUGCUUCGCAAAUCUCUCUUGCCCGAUCACGGACUGCUCGCUCCUAUGCCAGCACCAAUGCUACCAGUGUCACCAGCGUCAGCAUCUCCGGCGAUAUUUCCAGCCAGCUUCACGCGGGAUACAGUCACCCGCUCAGUCGGACAUGGCAGGCCGAAAGGCAAUUGACCAAGGUAGAAGAGAACAUACCCUGCGUCCCGGAAAUGCUCAUUUACCCACUCUUCAUCACCGAUAACCCCGACGAGGAGACUCCGAUCCCGUCCUUGCCGAACCAGUAUCGCCGGGGCGUGAAUCGUCUCGUGCCAUUCCUGGCGCCCCUCGUGCGCAAGGGGCUUCGAUCUGUCAUUCUUUUCGGUGUGCCACUACAUCCCGCCGCUAAAGAUGCGCUCGGCACGGCAGCCGACGACCCAGCCGGCCCAGUUAUCCAGGCCAUCCGCCUUCUUCGCUCACGUUUUCCCCAGCUCUACAUCACAACCGACGUGUGUCUGUGCGAAUACACGUCGCACGGGCAUUGUGGUAUCCUGCGAGAAGAUGGCUCUCUAGACAACGCUCAGUCUGUGGAUCGUAUAUCCGACGUCGCCCUCGCGUACGCCGUUGCCGGCGCCCACUGUGUCGCGCCCUCCGACAUGAACGAUGGACGAGUACGCGCCAUCAAGCUCAAAUUGAUCGAAGCCGGACUGGCUCAUCGGGUCCUACUCAUGUCAUAUAGCGCUAAAUUCAGCGGCUGCCUGUACGGGCCCUUCCGAGACGCGGCUGGCUCGUGUCCAUCGUUCGGAGAUCGUCGAUGCUACCAACUUCCCCCAGGCGGUCGAGGUUUGGCUCGUCGAGCCAUCCAAAGAGACAUUGCGGAAGGUGCGGACAUCAUUAUGGUCAAACCUGCAAGCAGUUAUCUGGAUAUUAUCCGCGAUGCUAAGGACCUCGCGCAAGAUAUGCCCGUUGCCGCGUAUCAGGUGAGUGGUGAAUUUGCAAUGAUCCACGCGGGAGCAAAGGCAGGGGUCUUUGACUUGAAAACGAUGGCUUUUGAAAGCACAGAGGGCAUUCUCCGUGCGGGUGCUGGUAUCGUUGUCAGCUAUUUUGUCCCAGAAUUCCUGGACUGGCUGUGA